CAUGUCGGUGGCGGGGCUGAAGAAGCAGUUCUACAAAGCGACCCAGCUGGUCAGCGAGAAGGUCGGAGGGGCCGAAGGGACCAAGUUAGAUGAUGACUUCAAGGAGAUGGAAAAGAAAGUGGACGUGACCAGCAAGGCUGUCACAGAAGUCCUGACCAGAACCAUAGAGUACCUCCAGCCCAACCCAGCUUCCAGAGCCAAGCUCACCAUGCUCAACACGAUGUCCAAGAUCCGCGGGCAGGUGAAGAACCCCGGCUACCCCCAGUCUGAGGGGCUGCUGGGGGAGUGCAUGAUCCGCUAUGGCAAGGAGCUGGGAGAGGAUUCCAACUUUGGGGACGCGCUCCUCGACGCCGGCGAGUCCAUGAAGCGCCUGGCGGAGGUGAAGGACUCGCUGGACAUCGAGGUCAAACAAAACUUCAUUGAUCCCCUGCAGAACCUGUGUGACAAGGACCUGAAAGAGAUCCAGCACCACCUCAAGAAGCUGGAAGGGAGGCGCCUGGAUUUCGACUACAAGAAGAAGCGGCAGGGCAAGAUCCCCGACGAGGAGCUGCGACAGGCCAUGGAGAAGUUUGAGGAGUCCAAGGAAGUGGCAGAGACCAGCAUGCACAACCUCCUGGAGACAGAUAUCGAGCAGGUGAGCCAGCUGUCAGCCCUGGUGGAUGCCCAGCUGGAUUACCACAGGCAGGCCGUGCAGAUCCUGGACGAGCUGGCCGAGAAGCUCAAGCGCAGGAUGAGGGAGGCCUCCUCCCGUCCCAAGCGGGAAUACAAACCCAAGCCCAGGGAGACGUACGACUUCAGGGAGCCUGACCAGUCCAACGGGGGCUUCUCCUGCAACCCCACCCCCAAAGCCUCAGCUUCCGCCUCUUUCCGGUCGGACAAGCCGUCCCGGGCCUCCGUCAGGAGUAUCCCCCCCCUGGACCAGCCCUGCUGCAAAGCCCUCUAUGACUUCGAGCCCGAGAACGACGGCGAGCUGGGCUUCAAGGAGGGCGACAUCAUCACCCUGACGAACCAGAUCGACGAGAACUGGUACGAGGGGAUGAUCCACGGCCAGUCCGGCUUCUUCCCGCUCAACUACGUGGAAGUGCUGGUCCCGCUACCUCAGUGAAACGGCGCCGCUCGGCCCCGAGUGUCCCGAGCUCCAUUCCAGCUCCAGCCCCGCCCUCCCCGCCUCCCCUCGGGGCCAGGCGCUACCAGGGAACAAACCAGAAGGGUCCCACGGCCCCUUCCCCCCGUGAAUUUGGUUAUUUCCUUUUUUUUUCCUUUUUUUUUUUUUUUUGUCCUUCUGGUGCUUGAACUUCGGUACUUUGUGCGCCCCCGGCCCCGGCCGUGCUGCCGGCACUGCCCUGUCCUGUCCCUCCCCACUUUCCAUCUUUCCUGUGGGUCCAGUGCGUGGGUGAGGCAGGUGGGAGAGCCAGAAUGUGUCCUGGGCACGGGUGGCACAGCCAGGAUGUGUCCUGGCACAGGGAUGGCCCCGGUGGCACAGCCAGGAUGUGUCCUGGGCACAGGUGGCAGAGCCAGGAUGUGUCCUGGGCACAGGUGGCACAGCCAGGAUGUGCCCUGGCACAGGGAUGGCCCCAGGGCAGGGCAGCCCCAGCCCCAGCGUCCCGUCCCAGCCAGCACUGCCCCUGUCCCCACUGUCCCCAUGGAUCCCUGGAGGGAUCCCGGAGGGAUCAGGGGAGGGGAGCUGGGGCACAGCAACACUAAAACACCCAGAGAACACUAACACAGCCCUGCCUGGGGCUCGGAGCCAUCCCUGCCCAUCCUGCAGGGACACCAGGGAUGUCCCCUGCCCGUCUGGCCCCCUCCCCACUGAGCUCAGCCCCGGGGUGGGGGAGCUGCUCCUUCUGCCCAUGGUUUUUUCGUGGACCUCAGGCUUUUCCUGCUCCAAACUCCCAAGUCAGUCCCACCUGGAGGAUCACCUGGAAGGGGAGGAACUGGGCCACAGCCUGGGCUGUCUCUGUGGUGGGACAGAGGUCAUGGCUCCUCUGCCCAGGGCUCUGCCCAUUCCCCCUUCCCGGGGAUCCCUCCUGUGACUGGAGCUCACCUGGCCCUCAGGUGCCUUCCCUGCACCCCCAGCCUGCCCCAGCCACCCUCCCUGGGGGCCAGGCACCCCUCUGGCCCUGCAUUGCUGGGAGAAGGGAUGGUUCAUCUCGGUGGCACUUCUGCCAGCCCUUCUCCCCCCGCUGUGCUUUCCCUGCCCAGGAGGUGGCCAUGGGGUUGGGGUGGGGCUGCAGGGCAGCGUGUGCUGGGCUCCGUGGUUUCCCUUGCUGCAGAUGGGGGUUCUGCCCCUCGUGGGGAUGGGAUGGGCCCUGCUGGGUGAGCCCCAGCUGUGCAGGGCUGUGCUGCUGCACCCCUGUCCCUGCAGCACCCCUGUCCCUGUCCCUGCUGCUCCUGCUGCCGUUCUUUGUAAGGAUUUGGUCCGUGCAUGUCCACGUGUGUCUGACCCCCCAGCAGUGACCCUGGCCCCGGGGGGUGCACAGGGCAGCCCCCCCUGCUCCCAGCAGGGCAGGGAGCCCAUGGGACCGGAGUCCUGGGGGCCCUUCCCGCUGUCCCCUCCCCGCCGGGGGACGCUGGCUCCCGCUCAGGUGGAUUGAAACGCGUUCUGUCAGCUGGGACACCUCGCUAGAUCUUUUUUUGGGGUUUGUUUGUUUUGGUUUUGUUUUUUUGUUGGUUUUUUUUUUUAAUGGUUUCUCCUGGUUUUUAGGGGAAAAAAUGAUGACCCACAGUUCUUGACUUGUAUCUCUGAAUGAAAGUAUUAAAUGUUUUCUUCUUUCUAA